AUGGUUGGUUCAAUAUCUGAAGAAAUCCUUCAUUUUCCCUUAAAAAAUCUUGAAGAUUUCGGACAAAAAUGAAGAAAUAGCACAGAAUUGAUACAUACUUCGCUCAGGAAUCAACAAGAAUCGAACAUACUUCAAAGACUCAAACACAAAGUCAAACACAAAAUGCCAGGAAAAGGAAAAGGAGGAAGAGGUAAAACAGCCAGUGCUAGAAAACCAGUCAGCAGAUCUACAAAGGCAGGACUUCAAUUCCCAGUCGGAAGAAUAGCAAGGUUCUUGAAAGAAGGAAGAUUCGCUGAAAGAGUCGGAUCAGGAGCUCCAGUAUACCUUGCAGCUGCUCUUGAGUAUCUAGCAGCAGAAGUCCUAGAGUUAGCUGGAAAUGCAGCAAGAGAUAACAAGAAGACCAGGAUUGUUCCAAGGCACAUUCAACUUGCUAUCAGAAAUGAUGAGGAGUUAAAUAAGCUUCUUAACAAUACCACCAUUGCUUCAGGAGGAGUUCUUCCUAACAUCCAUGUGUUCUUGCUUCCAACCAAAGGAAAGGGUGAAAAGCUUGAUGCUUCCCAAGGAGAUGACUAAUUCUGUUGCUUUAUGGCAGAACCAUACUCUAAUUCUUGUAUAAAUCAUA